AUGGCGGACAAAUUGACACGAAUUGCAAUUGUCAACAGCGACAAGUGCAAGCCAAAGAAAUGUCGACAAGAAUGCAAGAAAUCAUGUCCCGUCGUCCGAACUGGCAAACUCUGUAUCGAAGUCACCCCCGAAUCCAAAAUCGCCUACAUCUCGGAACGUUUGUGCAUCGGUUGUGGUAUCUGUCCCAAAAAAUGCCCGUUUGGUGCCAUUCACAUCAUCAACCUGCCCACAAAUCUUGAGACCCAAGUCACCCAUCGGUAUUCGGCAAACAGUUUCAAGUUACACAGACUUCCUAUGCCACGACCUGGCCAAGUCUUGGGUUUGGUGGGCACCAACGGUAUUGGGAAGAGUACGGCCUUGAAGAUUCUCAGUGGUAAACUGAAACCAAAUCUGGGAAGAUAUGACAACCCGCCGGACUGGGAGGAGAUUUUGAGAUAUUUUCGAGGAUCAGAAUUACAGAACUACUUUACCAAGGUUCUCGAAGAUGAUCUCAAAGCAAUCGUUAAACCGCAGUAUGUGGACCAACUCCCAAAAGCAAUCAAAAGUCCCGUCAAAACAGUCAAACCCCUGAUUGAAGCCAAAUCCGAGUUGGGCAAUUUGCACCACAUCAUGGAUGUGCUGGAACUCAAUGCCGUCCAGGAUCGAGAAAUCGGUCUCCUCUCCGGUGGAGAGUUGCAACGGUUUGCCAUUGCUCUCGUUUGCGUCCAGAAGGCCGAUGUCUAUAUGUUUGACGAGCCCAGCUCGUACUUAGAUGUCAAACAGCGCUUGAGCGCCGCCAAAACCAUUCGAGAACUUCUUCGGCCUGAUGAUUAUGUAAUCGUAGUCGAGCACGAUCUGUCCGUUCUGGAUUAUCUCUCCGACUUCAUCUGCGUCCUUUACGGGAGACCGGCUGUCUACGGCGUUGUCACGCUUCCAGCUUCGGUUCGAGAAGGUAUCAACAUUUUCCUCGAUGGCAACAUUCCCACGGAAAAUCUACGUUUCCGUGAGGAAAGUCUGACCUUCCGCAUAGCCGAAGCGGGUGAAGACUAUAUGGUCGACAAGGCUCGUGCCUUUGAAUAUCCAUCAAUGGAGAAAACCCUUGGAUCGUUCCACUUGAAGAUUCAAAGCGGCAAGUUUACUGAUUCCGAGAUUAUCGUCAUGAUGGGUGAAAAUGGGACCGGCAAAACUACAUUUUGCAAGAUGCUGGCUGGCGUGGAGAAGCCCGACGGGUUACAAAAGGUUCCAUCGAUGAAUAUCUCCAUGAAACCUCAAAAGAUCACUCCCAAAUUCCAAGGCACCGUCCGACAACUCUUCUUUAAGCGAAUCAAGGCCUCAUUCUUGAACCCUCAAUUCCAAACCGACGUCUACAAGCCUCUCCGGAUCGAUGACUUUAUCGAUCAAGAAGUUCAAAAUUUAUCCGGUGGUGAACUGCAACGAGUUGCCAUUGUCCUCGCCCUCGGACUCCCAGCUGAUAUUUAUCUUAUUGACGAGCCCUCCGCAUAUUUGGAUUCUGAGCAACGUAUCGUUGCCGCUCGUGUCAUCAAACGAUUCAUUAUGCACAGCAAGAAAACAGCCUUCGUUGUCGAACACGACUUUAUCAUGGCCACAUAUCUCGCUGACCGUGUCAUUGUCUUCGACGGCAAACCGUCCGUCAAUGCCCGUGCCAACGCUCCUGAAAGUCUUUUGACUGGUUGCAAUAAAUUCCUCAAGAAUCUCGACGUCACAUUUCGGCGCGACCCGAACUCCUUCCGCCCACGUAUCAACAAGUUCCAAUCCCAGAUGGACCAGGAACAGAAGUUAUCGGGCAACUACUUCUUCCUCGAAGAUAACGAAAGUUGA